AUGCAGGCACUCCAUGUGGGAGCUCGUAAAACACUCGGUCUUCCUCUCUGGACAACGACCGCUGAGUGUUCUGGAAGUUCCGCAACGAGGGAAGGUCACUGGCGAAGUGAGACGCCGACCGAGGCAAGGUAUAGCAAAGUGAUAAAUCAUGUCAAGAUUAGCGGUCCGUCAUCGAGUAAACUUGCUUACCCUCGACGGGCCCUCUCUGCAUGUUUCGAAGUCUCCAUCGGACAGCGCUGA